AUGAAUUAUAAUAACAAAUAAAAUAUUCGUUAAUUAACUAAAUAAGUAAAUAAAUAAAUAUCAUAUUUAUGGAGAUAAUUUAGUUUACAACAUAUUUUGCGGAAAAGAAAGAAGAAGUUGUUUUUAAGCAAUUAAAAUUAAAUUGUAUUAAUUUUUUUAUUAGAAGAAAGAUUAAUUAAUUCAAUUAAUAUUCUUAACCUUAUUUAGUUUAUUAUAAAAAUGUUUAAGCCUCAAAGCCCAGUAAGUCUUAAAUAUGAAAAAAGCAAUUUAAGCGAAUAAAAAGAUGAUGGGCAAACAAAAGAUAUAGAUUAAAAGUAGCUUAAAAGUCUUGAAGAAGAUCACACUUCUUUAUUGAAGAAAUAUGAGCAACUUUCUAAAACAAAAUAAGAUGGAUUUGCAUUAAAUUCAACUGUUGAGGCGCAAUAAUAAUAUUAUUCAAAGGAUUUAAAUUAAAGAUCAAAUACUCCAAGCAAAUUGAGUCAGUAAGAUCAGUAUCAAACAGCUAAAUAGCUAAUGUAGAUUGCAGAUUAUGCGUUGCAAAAUGAAAAGUCAAAGGAAGAAAGGAUAUUGUAGCAGCUUGUCGAGGAUUACAAGGUUACGAAUCGUGAUCUAAGCACAAAAUUAGAUUAAGAGAGACAAGAGGUUCUAGAUCAAAGGGUUAAGAUCCAUGCACUAGAAACAGAAAUAAAAUUUUGUAAAAAAGAGAAUUAAAGACUUACUUCCAUGAUAGAAAAUAUAGGAACUAAGAAGAGUAGCAUUUUGAAUUAAAAUAUACAAGAAAAGCAGGAGAACCCAAAUGAGAGUCAAAAGAGGCAAUGGGAAAGUAGAAUUUUGUAAUUAGAGGAGUAAAAUAGCCAACUAACACAAGAAAAGCUAGCUUUGCAGCACUAGAACAGGGUUAUGGAGGAAAGAUUAUCAAGUAUAGGGAAUGAAUUAGAAAUAUUGAAAAACAUUCAACAAGCUAUGCAGUUAAAAGACAAAAAGCAAGCCAAGGAUGAAAUUAAUGCUAGAGAAAUUGAAAUUUAACAGCUCAAAGAGAGCUUAACGAAGUUGAAAAAUGAGAAUUAAGAACAAAUGUAUUAAUAUCAACAGAAAAUUAGCUUAAAGAACACAGAAAUUGAAAAAAUGCUUGAAUUGAAUAGCGUUUUAUAGGAAUAAUUUUUACAAAUGGAAAAAAAAUUAUAAUAAAAAGAAGAAUUUUUGCAAAGUAAGCAAGACAAACAAUAAUUUAAUGAAGAGAGAGAACAGAUAUUAGUUAAAGAGAAUGAAAAGCUUAAUAUUGAGUUAGUAAAUAUGAAUAAUUAAGUCAAACAGUUGAAUGAGCAGAUACAGCUCAAGUCAAGUAAGCAAUAAAUUGAAUUUAUUCAAUUAUAGAAAGAUUACUAGCUUAUAGUUUAAGAAAAAGAAGCUCUUAUUGUUUAAGCGAGUGGGUAGCAGGAGACUAUAUAGAUGCUCAACUAGCAAAUUGCAAUUUUAGAAAGAAUAUCUAGUGAAAAUAAUAAGACCCAAAACUCAAAGAAGCAGUCUGAAGAGAAGACUCUAAGUUUAGUCAAAAAGGACUUAGAGGAUUCAAAAUAAAAGCAAUUAUAGCAGAGCAAAGAAAUGGAUUUAUUAAAAGAUCAAAAUGAUAGAUUAUAAAAGUAAAUCAAUUUAAUCGAAGAAGAAAAUUAGUGCUUAAAGAUGACAAAGGCUGAUACAGAAGAUAAAAACACUGGACUUAAUUCAGAUAAGAAUAACUAUUUAUAGUUAAUUGAUUAGCUUUAAAGUGAAAUUUGCUAAUUGAAUGCGACGCUUGAAGAAAACUAAAGAAAAAACUAAGAAAAAUAAAAAUAGCUCAACGAAACUAUUCAGAUUUAGAAAAACGAAAUAGGGAAUUUGUAGUCAAUUAAUGCAAUGUUUGAGAAGCAAAUUUUAACCAUUCAAAAUUAGCUCAAAGAUAAAAAAAAUGAAAUGGAAACAAAGUCGCUGGCCUAAAAUAGCAAUGUCAACGAACUUAAAUUUUUUGAAGAAAGGAUAGCAAAUUUGCAAAAGCAAAAUGACCUCUAUAGCUAAAAAAUACAAGCCUUGGAAUCUAAAUAAUAGUAAUUGAGCAGAGACAGCUCAUAAAAAAGAGCGUCUGCUCUUAAUUUACUAGAAGAAGGAAUACAGAGAUCGAAUUCAAAGUAAAACAUAGCAGCAGCAGCUCACGAUGGAGAAGAAAAGUAUAAAAUUAUUUUAAAGAAUUAUAACCAAAUGAGUGAAUAGUGCUCAAUGCAAUUAAAGCAAAUAGAUAUUCUUAAUUAAACAAUAUAAGAGUUAUAAAAGACAAUCAAAUAAUAAACUUAGCAAAUGUAAAAGAAUAAUUAAAACCUAUAAAUACCGUCUACUUCUGAUUUUUAAGAUUACCAAGAACCAUCAAAGAAAAAACUCUACUUGGAAUUUAAUUCUAAAGAAGGUUUAUCUGAAAAUAACCUUGAUAACAACUACUCUCCAGAAAAAAUUCUAAUUUAAGAUUUGGAAGUUUUGUAAGAUAACAGCAAGUUGAGAAAUACAACAGAUUAAGAGAAAUAAACAUUAAUAGUAAACUUAUAGAAAGAGAAUAAAAGGUUAGUUGAGAAAAUAGCUUCAGUUGAAUUAGCCUUUAGUUAAUUAAAUUAGAAAGUAGAUGGUCUUACAAGAUAAAACUAAAAUAAUUUGAAUUUAAAUAAUCUAAACAGCAGCAACAACUUGCCUCCUCUUCCCUACCCAACAACUCCUGUUAUGACAUAAAACAACAUGAUAUUUUCAAAGUAGUUUAAAUCUUCAGAAAAGCCUCCAUCGACUCCUCUUCAAUUAUCCAAUUAAAAGAACUUAUUAGAAAAGGAUUUAGCUAAUUCAUCAAAAAAAAGACAUAAAAUAUUUGAACCAUAUGGUACAAAUAGAAGACACUAGUCAUCAGAUAGGAAAUCCCCAAACACUAGAUACUUAAACAAUAGUGUAGAAGGUAACCCAUAAAUUUAGACUAGCAAUUAUUAGAGCUUCAAUGGUUCUCCAAGUCGUUCAUAUCAAGACGGUUUUGGGCAUAAAAGGUAGCACACGCUCCCAAACGCCUUUAACUCUUAAUAAAACUUUUUUGUUGACCAAAGCUAAAUAAAUUAUAAUUCUAGAACAAAGUAAUAAGAAGUAAAAAGGCCUAAUUCAUUCUAUUAAUAAAACCAAUCUUUUAAACCAGAUUAAAAACAAAACAAAAAUGUUCAAAAUGAAGAAUCUGUGCUACUUUUCUCACCAAUAAACUUGAUUGAUAAAAAAAAAGCUAUGUCAUAGGAUGAUACAGAAGAUUUACUAUCAAAUGGUUCUAUUGAUAACCAAAUGAAAUAAAUCAUUUAUCCUCAUUUAAAUGUCUAUGAAUAUUAUGAUUAGAUGUAAAAUAAUGGUAGCCAGUGUAUCAGUUUGUAGAUAAUAAAAUUUGAUAGAAGUCUAUUCUCGUAGUACGCUAUGUCGAAGGAUAAUUUGCUUAAAUAUAAGCAAGCUAUCUUUUUAUAGAAGAUUGUUUACUUGGAAACGAAAGAAGGACUGUAAAUUGGAUGCAUUAGCUAGCAAGAAAGAGACCAAGAUUAAAUUUAUUUAAAUUUAAAUCUUUACUAUAAAAACUUGGCCUAAACCCCUAUAGAUUAACUUUAUGUAACACUUACAGGAUCAAGCACUUGCUAGGCUUUUGCAAAACCAACUGUAUCUAAUUGGUGCUUAUCUCCGAACAACUAGUCUAAAUAAGAGCUCUUCUUUAAAUUUAACUCAAUUCCAUUUGGUCCAAUCUAGGCUGAAAUUGUUUACCAAUGCAAAGAUAUCAAGAAAAAAUUUUAGUUGCACAUGCCAGUAAAUAUUUUAAAAUUUUUAGAACAAAGAACUAUUUAGGCUGAUAGAUUGCUCAGUAAAUAUUUAAAAAUAAAGUUGAAUCCAAAAAAUACUGCCAAAUUACAAAACGGAUUUAUUUUAAAAUCAGAAAAAUUCUAUUUAGACAGAAAAUUUGCGUUGAAUAUAAAUGAUUUUGCUUAAUAUUUGCCUCACUUCUAACGUAUUCCUCAAAUCGAUAAGUUAGGAGAGUUUAUGAUGGGUGGCAAUGAUUUCUAGCUAGGAGGAAGCUAUUUGCUGAGAGAAAAUAAUUUAAUCUUUUAUAUGAUACUAACAAUAAAAACAAACAAAUUUGCAAUUUUUGAAAUAUUUAGUGAGUCUAACAAUCAAAACAAUAUAACCAUUUGUGAGAAUAUCCUUCAAAAUUUUGUUUAUAUUUUUAUAAACCCUGAUAAUUGA